AUGGCAGCUUUGCAGACCAAGCAAGCAGCGAUGGAAGAGAGAUUGCAAACCCUAACCCAAAACCCAUCCAACAGACGAGAAGAAGAUGAUGAAAGCAUGGACAAGAUGUUCAAGUCUGAUAGAUUUGAUAACCCGUCAGAACAGGUGCGUGGAAGAGGAUGUGGCACCACCUUUGGUGCCAAUCUAAACGGUAAGUUUUCAUAUGAAGGAGGCUUGGCUGCAAGAGGUAAGGGUUUGAUCCAAGAAGGAGCAGGAAGAGGAUCAAGCAAGCCUUUUGAAUCAUGGCAGACAGGUGAACCCAGCCUUUCAAACACUAAUGGGACUCCCUCAAAAGAGAAGGGACAAAAAGAAGGCAUCAGGGGUCACCAAAAGAAUGGGAAGAGAUGGAAGAUACGGGUUACCAUGGGUGAAGAGUAUCAAGAUUCGUCAAGAUGGAGUUUCCCACAUAAAAUGAGAAGGGUAAUCCAUUUGAAUGGCUUCAAAGAUGUGAAGACUUCUUCGAAGAACAACAAACCCCCACUGAAGCUAGGGUUAGGUAGGCCACCUUUUCGCUACAAGUUCAAGAUAGUGGGUGGUACCAUAAGUUGCAAAGAAUAA